ACUGACUGCUCUCUCACAGGCAGUCAAUCGCACAAACAGCCUAUUAGUACACAAACCCUGUUGCAGGGUCUGUUGCAGGAUAUUCACAAUGACAGCGCCAUGGAGUUUCUGCCGCUCUUUUUGUUUCCUGCCUCUCCUAGUGGCUCUGAAGAUGCACACUGCACGCUCGGCUCCUGAUUUCUCACUGUAUCUUCACAGCAUUCUGAAAAACCACACGGCUCAUGCUUGUGAAGGGGAAAUUCUCAUCAUCAAGUGUCCCUCCAGGACGUCUGUGGCCAUCCUAUCAGCCUUCUAUGGACGCCGUGUUCCCAGUCAGCAUUUAUGUCCUCCUGCAAGCACAAACACAACUGUGGAGGAGGACACAGAGUGCACUUCCUCAGUUGCUAUCGAGAAAGUGCUGUCAGAGUGUCAGGAUCGGCGGUCGUGCCACAUUCCCGUCUUAAGUCCAGUGUUUGGCCAGGAUCCCUGUCCCCUCACCACCAAGUACCUCCUAGUCUCCUACAAGUGCAGACCAGAGCACCACCGCACACGACUGGUGUGCGAAAAUGAGCGUUUGAGGCUGAUGUGUAAAAAUGAGACUGUCAUCGCGAUCUACUCUGCCUCAUUUGGACACCUGCUGCACGGCAGUCCUCACUGUCCUCAGGAACCUGGAUCAAAGGCUGACAUGGAGUGUUUGUCGCCUGCGGCCCUGAGGAAAGUGUCACGCAGGUGUCACAGCAGAGCAAACUGUUCACUAAUAGCCGAUACUCAAACCUUUGGGGACCCGUGCUUCCCCGGCACCAGGAAACACCUGCGGGUGUCCUUCACUUGUGUCCCCAGAUAUCUCCUAGAAGAUGUGGGUCAAGGUCCAACAGAUCCUUUCAUGAUCUCAGAUUACACACACGGUGGAUGGUACACUGGCCCCACCUACAGGCCUCAAAAUGUGUUCUUAACCAACUCUCUGGAGAUCUUUGACAAAAUACUGGGUCUCCCAGAACGAGUCGCUCUCUACUUUGUCUCAGGCAUCUGCGCUGGUCUCGUGUUCCUGCUCUGCCUGUUUGGCGUUCGCUCCACACUUGUGAAAGACGUUAAAGAUCUGGUUUCUGACCUGAAUGAUGAGCUGAAAGCAUCUCGCAGACAACGCAAGGAGCUCAUGGAAGACCUCUGCGAAGAUGAUGUCUCUGACACAUCACCUUUCCGCCGCCUAACACAAUCCUACCGGACAACUGACAUCUUCAGUCCAUCCACUUUAACAGUAGAGAUGGUUGAGUGGGAGGAGGAACAAUCUAGAGAUCUGCCGAAUGGAGACAUUUGGCCACACAGAGACUCCAGCCCUUACGCUAUUCACAAGAUAAAAACUUACAACAACUGAGAGUAAAGUAUCAGUAUACUGCUUUAGAACAAUAGUUGCUAACUGAAAUCAUGCUGAGAUGGUGCUUUUACUAUAAAUUAUGCAUUUUACUAUAACUUAUGGACCUAUUAUGCUCAUUUCCAGGUCCAAACUUUCAUUCCUCUACUCUUCUAGAGGAGCUUUGCAUGACUCAAAGUUCAAGAUAAUCCUUAUUUAUCUUGAGCUGGGUCCUUAGUUCAUUCACAGCCUGAAACGAGCCAUAUGAACUCCUCUUCCUCCAAGCCAACUUUCUUCUGUUUGGGUGCCCCUCACAAACUCAAAGCUUAAGCAUUAGAUGGUUGGGUCCUAAGUGCCAGAGAUGAACUAGGGAAGUCCCCAAUUUUUGACAUUAGGCAAAGCCAAGAGUAGAAAAUAAAGUCUGAAUUUGAGUGUUUAGAACAGCCUCAUUAUUUAAAACCAGUUUAAUCUGAACACAAAUCACAGUAAUGAGGUAUAUGUGACAGAAAAUAGGGGAAAGGAUGAUAGCUUCUCUUUAAAUGUAACUGAACCUCCUAAUCUGUCACAAUGCAUGAUGACACUACUAAAAUGCAUAAAAACCUAAUGGUGGUUGAUUACAAUCAUAAAGGUUAAUAUCACAUGUUUGUUGUUUCAAUGAAUUUCAAAUGCAGCUGUGUUUUAUGGAAUAACAGUGGACGGUGCCACUGAUUUAAUUUGAAUAAUUUCAAUGCAUUUUUGCAGUUACAUUAUGGAAAAACAGUAUUUUCAGUGCAGUGUGUGACUAAUAAAUCAUUGGGUGAGUUAA